GUCCAAUCUACCAUAAACUCACACGAAGAAGAAGUAAACAGAAAGUGAACAGUGACUAAGAACAAUUUCCAUUUUAGCGUUUUCAUUGUUAUUUUGACGUUUAUUAACACCCUGGAACUCAAUAGAUUACUCAUUUAACUGCACAGUACCACAUACUUAGAGCGUGUAGUGUUUAAUACGCGCUGGAGACUGGACUUGGUUGAUAGAUGUUAUCUAGGUAGCGCUAGCGAACAAUGGCUAACUGUAUGGUUUUUCACACUCAAAUAGCCUCCAUCAUGGAGGUGCUAGCGAAUGCAGCUGUAGCAGAGAUCUGUAAACUCGUAGACGACGACUAUGCAGUGUUACGUUUGGAAAUAACUCAAAGCCAGAAAGAAAACAGGGGAUUGCGAAGGAAACUACAGCUACAGGAACUGAAGGUAUCACGGGAGCGCGCAGAGAGGACAAUGCGAGAGCGCAUCCUCACCAGUCGCCCCAGCAGUGUCAAGAUCAUCGACCGAAACAGAGAAAUGUCAAGAGGUGAAGGACAUCUCACUGGAGGCCACAGGAGCUUUGUGAAGCCAGCAGGACACAAUACAUGGAGAGAUGACCAACCAAUCACUGUUGAUGAGGGGAGUGGAACCUCAACUCAGCACGUUAUUGUGAUAGAGUCUGCAGACGCAGAGGCUGCGGGUCCUGGGGUCAAGCAGGAGAUGGCUGAAGGAGAGGAGGACCCACGGCACAGCAGAGACAUCCAGGCUGGAGCGCCCCCUGUAAGCACAGAGGACCCCACCACCGUCCCAGCGCAGCCCAGGACCCGACGCAGCAUCACGGAGGAGGAGGAGGGUCCAGAGGUGCUGCUGGUAAAGGAGGAGGGGUGUGAGGAGGAUCUGGGGAACCCUGAGGAGACCAUGGUCAUGGAGGACAACCAGACUACACCUCCUCCUGAACCCACAGAGGAACCAGCUGAGCAGCACAGGACCACACACAGUUUCACUGAGCCUACCCCAGCCAAACCCUCCCCUAACCCGGACGAUGCUGGGGCAAUUGUGCGCCGCCCUAUGGGACUCCUGAUCACGGCCAGUUGUGAUACAGCCUGGGAUCGAACCAGGUCAGUAGACAUGGAGGAUGGGAAGCCUGAUCUGCUGCUGGUCAAAGAGGAGACGAUAGAGGACGGACCAGAGAGCAUUGAUCUGCUGAGUGGACUAAAGAUGGGGGAGCAAGGUGGUUGGCUGGAGGCUAACAGAGGAGACUGGGCAGCCAUCAUGGAUACCCAGACUCAGACGGGUGCAGCCAAGGGCCCAGGGGACAACAUCACUGAUCAGGCCAGGACCAGAGAUGACAUAGUGAAGUCUGCAGUCCAUGAAGACCUGCUCAUAUCCAGUGUUACUGGUGGGAGAGAGUGGACCUCUGAAGCGACUGAUCACAUACCCUGGCCCAGGACCAGAACUGUGGAUCAGGAGCCGUUACUCUUCCUUCCUGAGUCGGAACCAGGACCCAACCAAGAGGGACAGAGACUCCUCCACCACCACACAGAACACAACCAGUGGACAGGUGGACUGAACAACCUCAGUCCUGGUGGUCAUCCGAGAGACAGAGGCUCCAGUCAGGGAUCCAGUCUGCAGCCCAGAUCCUUCUCUUCACAGUCUCAGUGUAGGGAUGGAGCAGGGCCUGGGGCUGAUAGAGAUAGACCCUCCUGUUCCUAUGAUACAAACACCACAGUAUCCAUGAUGAACAGAGCAGGUUACCCCGGGUUUCAGCCUUCACAGAGAGUGACAGGAGACCCCCCUGGUGGGAGUCUAACAGGAAGUCUGUCUUCUCCUUCAGGGUCACAUCUAAUGCCUAGUGACUGGGUUCAUAGAAGGCCUGAACCUGGGUCUAGUCUUCCUCAGUUACCUCCUGGUUACCCCACCAAUACAGACAGGGUCAGGAUGGGUGUUCACCACAAGAGGUAUCUAGCCUAUAACACAGAACACAAUCCCAACAACACCCAGACAAUGGCUAAAGGUCAAGGAGGGAGUUCAAAGAUUAACCACCUGAGGGUGGUGGCUCCUGCUUCUACCUCCUCAGGUGUCAUUGGGUCACAACGUGGGAGGUCGAGCAUUAGGACGGACGCCGACAAGCUGUACAUCUGCCCAACGUGUGGGAAGCGCUUUGCUAAAGCAAACUAUGUGAAGGAGCACCAGACCAUUCACACCAAGGAGAGGCCCUUCAAGUGUAAGCUGUGUUACAAGAGCUUCUCCUUCCUGAGUAACCUUAUCAGACAUAGGAGUGUCCACAAUGGAGAGAAGCCCUUCAGCUGUACCCAGUGUCACAUGCGCUUUGCCCAUGCUGGCAACCUGAAGAGGCACCAGAAGGUCCACACGGGAGAAAGUCUACAGCUGCCCCCAGUGUGAGAAGAGGUUCUCCCACCAGCACUAGCUGAAGAUGCACUUGAAGGUCCACACAGGAGAAAGGCCAUUCACCUGUACACACUGCAAGAUGUUCUCAGAGAGGAGCUACCUCAUGAUACACCAGCAGAAAAUGCACACAGCCCAUGUAUAGAGAAUAGUGUAUGUAAUGUAGUACUAGUUAGUUUGUAGUUCAUUCUGUUGGUUUUGGAUGCAGUAGGGAACUGGAUGAGGUGACAUGAGGGAAGAAUGAUUAUGAUGAGGUAGAGUAGAUGAUAUGGUGAUGUUUGGUGUGAAGGUGUCUGUAAAAAUGCUUUACUGAUGAAGAGUGAAACUGGUCCUUUAGGUUGAUACUUGUGUUUUAUAGUGAGGAAAUGAUAGUGCCUUAAUUCAUGUUUACUUACUUUUAUUUACAUUUUAGUCAUUUAGAAGACGCUCUUAACCAGAGCGACUUACAGGAGCAAUUAGGGUUAAGUGCCUUGAUCAAGGUCUCAUCAACAGAUUUCUCACCUAGUCGGCAUGGAGACUUGAACCAGUGACUUUUGGUUCUUAACUGCUAGGCUACCUGCCAGCUACUUGACAUAUAGUAGGGAAGAUAUGGACCAAACUUGUUUUUGCGUGGAUUCCGAGGCGCAGUUAGCUUUUAACAGCUAGGAAACACAGCUAACCAAACAACAGUGCUAGGUGGCUGUACUACAAAAACACUGGUCGUUGUCGGGGGAAAGACGCAUUGUUAAAAACUUUUUGUAAACAACUGGUUGCAGUAAAGAGCCAACCUGGAUACUAAGGAGAUCCUGAGGGAAAUCGACGAGUAUCAACAGCUUUACGCUAUGGAGGAACAACAUACUCCAUCAUGGAAAGAUCCGGCUAUCUCACAAAAGAACCCCCCCCCCACCGAAAAAGACACAUUAAUCUACAGACAGACGAUUUACUUACCGUUUAAGUAGAGGCUAGUGCUCUGGCUGGAAUCCAUGCACUAGAGGCUAGUGCUCUGGCUGGAAUCCAUGCACUAGAGGCUAGUGCUCUGUCUGGAAUCCAUGCAACACUGGAACAGUUGUGUGAGGAAGUAGCAGGGCUGAGGGGGGAGUUUAGCCAGAGUAAAAUUCUCAUGCUCCUAGGAGAGAACAAUACACUCACAGCCAAGGUAAAAAUCCACAAUUCCGACAUGGAUUGUCAACUUAGGGAAAACAGAGUGAUGAGGGAGUCGCUACUAGAUAUACAAAGUCGUAGCAUGCGUGAACAUUUUAUAUUUUCUCGGAAUCCUAAGGACGCAUCCAAUAAUCCAGAGGGCGUGAUCAGAGACUUCAUGCAAUCCACCUUGAAACUUCCUCUAGAGACUGUAAACAAGGGGUCUUUCCACCGAGUACAGAGACUUGGAGCUCAGAGUGACAAGACCAAGGGUCCCCGACCGAUCAUCGCAAAAUGUGAACACUACCAACAAAAGGAGCUGAUCUAAAGCAGGGGAAGGGAGCUUAAAGGGACCAAAUUCAGUCUUAUUGACCAAUUUCCAUGGGAGAUAAACGAACGUCGCAAGAGACUGUAUCCUGUACAGAGGCAACAGAGGGAGAUGGCUAAGUGUGCCUUUCUCAUUGUGGACAAACUAUAGAUGGACAGCUAUUCCGAGACAGCUCCAUAACACCAUGGCUGUACUAAAUUCUACAGGGACUUCAGGUUACGAAAAAAAGAAAGUAUGGGAACUGUAAAAAUAUCUGAACACUAUGAAGUGGAUAUGAACACACGUACUCAACUACAUGCUCGCUUACACAUACGGACUUAUACAUACAUACUUGAUCUCGCUCUCUUCUCUCACUCUUCUCUUUUCUCCCACUCCCUCUAUUGUCGAACUGUUCUAUAAUUUAAUGCUUCUUGUCUGUCUAUGUCUUUGUCUACAUGUUUCCAACAAGCAAGGGGAAGAUAUCAGAAUAGGGACAUUGGGGAAUAAUAACAUAUUGUACGGGAUACAUUUGUACUGUAGUGAAGCCGUCUAUAGUAAUGUAAGGUCUCUUUCAAAAUCAUGUGAAACGUCAAUUGCUAUGGAAAUGCUGGGAUGUGUUUUUCAAUGAUGUUAAAGGUAAUUAUGAUACAAUAUGGAUUACAAUUAUCAUCAUGAAUAUUGUUAGGUUCUAAUUCUCAGAGUAAAAAAACUCAAUGGACAUUUAUGAAAGCUUAACCAAGUUUAUUCUGCUCAAAGGGUCAAUACAGCUGCAUUCAGACGAAAACAUUUUCCCCCACCACAAGUAUAUAUACUCCAAUUUAGGCACUCCCCCCUUCUCACCAAUCCUUACAUAUUUUAUUGUUAGACAGGAAGACGAAGUGAUAGGAUAACAAACCAUUGUUUCUCCCUUAAGGGAAUCUGACCUGACCUCAACCCCCUUGACACCUUAUCCAAAGAUCUCUACCCGUCUCCCCUAACACAUUCCAAAGCCAUCUGGCUCCUACAGAUGACCAUUAACUUCUGAUGUAAAAAUCAGUCUCUUUCAAUCCUUAGAUACUAUACUUCUGAGUAUAACAAUGUUCCAAGUUUAACCCAGAAUCUAACAAUAUUAAGGCUAUACGCACUACAUGUUACACACAUAGACAACCAUGCAAAUUGGCAGGGUUAUGUAUUUGGACAUCACACAUUAUAGUCUUAAUCUUAUACAGACAUUGUACACACUCUCACUAAAUCACAUCAAAUAUUAUACACAUCAACCUACUCAGAUUUACUACACACAUAAUAUCUUGUCUCAAUUUUCUAACAUCUGUGGCAUUGGCUCACAGGCAAACAGGCAACUGAAUAAAACACAUUUCUAGAACCUAUUUCUUGAAUUCUAAAUAUCAGACCUGAAAGCUCUAAUUUUGACCGUCAUAAUACCUCUGAUGGCAGUAACUUUACAAGCACUAAUUAUGGUCAAUUUAGACUGUUGCGCCUUCUUCACCACACUGUCUAUGUGGGUGGACCAUUUCAGUUUGUCAGUUUGUCAGUGAUGUGUACGACGAGGAACUUUCCACCUUCUCCACUGCAGUCCCGUUGAUGUGGAUAGGGGGGGGUGCUCUCUCUGCUGUUUCCUGAAGUUCACAAUCGGCUCCUUUGUUUUAUUGAAGUUGACUGAGAGGUGAUUUUCCUUGCACCACACUCCCAGGGCCCUCACCUCCUCCCUGUAGGCUGUUUCGCCAUUGUUGGUAAUCAGGCCUACUACUGUUGUGUCGUCUGCAAACUUGAUGAUUCAGUUGGAGGCGUGCAUGGCCACUCAAUCAUGGGUGAACAGGGAGUACAGGAGGGGGCUGAGCACGCAUCCUUGUGGGGCCCCAGUGUUGAGUAUCAGCAAAGUGGUGGUGUUGUUUCCUACCUUCACCACCUGGUGGGCGGCCCGGUAGGGAGUCCAGGACCCAGUUGCACAGGGUGGGGUUCAGACCCAGGGCCUUGAGCUUAAUGAUGAGCUUGGAGGGUACUAUGAUGUUGAAUGCUGAGCUAUAGUCAAUGAACAGCAUUCUUACAUAGGUAUUCCUCUUGUCCAGAUGAAAUGGGGCAGUGUGCAGGGUGAUGGCGAUUGCAUCAUCUGUGCAUCUAUUGGGGCGCAAAGCAAAUUGAAGUGGGUCUAGGGUGUCAGGUAAGGUGGAGGUGAUAUGAUCCUUGACUAGUCUCCCAAAACACUUCAUGAUGACAGAAGUGAGUGAUGGUAAUUUAGUUCAGUUACCUUUGCUUUCUUGGGUACAGGAACAAUGGUGGACAUUUUGAAGCAUUUGGGAACAGCAGACUGAGAUGGGGAGAGAUUGAAUAUGUCCGUAAAUACUCCAGCCAGCUGGUCUGUGCAUGCUCUGAGGACGCGGCUAGGGAUGCUGUCUGGGCCGGCAGCCUUGCGAGGGUUAGCACGCUUAAAUGUCUUACUCACGUUGGCCACGAAGGAGAGCCCACAGUCCUUGGUAGCGGGCCGUGUCAGUGGCACUGUGUUAUCUUUAAAGUGGGCGAGGUGUUUAGCUUGUCAGGAUGCAAGACGUCUGUGAUCCGCGACGUGGCUGUUUUUUCUUUUGUUGUCCGUGAUUGUCUGUAGACCCUGCCACAUACGUCUCGUGUCUGAGCUGUUGAAUUGUGACUCCACUUUGUCUCUGUACUGACGUUUUGCCUGUUUGAUUGUCUUACGGAGGGAAUAAUUUUUUUUUUGUAUUUGGCCAUAUUCCCAGUCACCUUGCCAUGGCUAAAUGCAAUGGUUCACGCUUUCAGUUUUACGUGAAUGCUGCCAUUUAUCCACGGUUUCUGGUUAGGGUAGGUUUUAAUAGUCACAGUGGGUCCAACAUCUCCUAUACACUUCCUGAGAAUCAGCUUCCUAUUUCGCAACAAAGCAUCCUCACUCAUGCUGCCAAACAUACCCUCGUAAAACUGACCAUCCUACCUAUCCUCGACUUUGGCGAUGUCAUUUACAAAAUGGCCUCCAACACUCUACUCAGCAAAUUGGAUGCAGUCUAUCACAGUGCCAUCCGUUUUGUCACCAAAGUCCCAUAUACUACCCACCACUGCUACCUGUAUGCUCUCGUUGGCUGGCCCUCGUAUCAUACUCGUCGCCAAACCCAUUGGCUCCAGGUCAUCUAUAAGUCUUUGCUAGGUAAGGCCCCGCCCAAUCUCAGCUCACUGGUCACCAUAGCAGCACCCACCCGUAGCACGCGCUCCAGAAGAUGUAUCUCACUGGUCACCCCCAAAGCCAAUUCUUCCUUUGGCCGCCUCUCCUUCCAGUUCUCUGCUGCCAAUGACUGGAACAAACUGCAAAAAUCUCUGAAGCUGGAGACUCAUAUCUCCCUCACUAGCUUUAAACACCAGCUGUCAGAGCAGCUCACAGAUCACUGCACCUGUACAUAGCUCAUCUGUAAAUAGCCCAUCCAAUCUGCCUCAUCCCCAUACUGUAUUUAUUUAUCUUGCUCCUUUGCACCCCAGUAUCUCUACUUGCACAUUCAUCUUCUGCACAUCCUACCAUUCCAGUGUUUAAUUGCUAUAUUGUAAUUCCUUCGCCACCAUGGCCUAUUUAUUGCCUUUACCUCUCUUAUCCUACCUCAUUUGCACAUGCUGUAUAUAGACUUUUCUACUGUAUAAUUGAUUGUAUGUUUGUUUAUUCCAUGUGUAAGUCUGUGUUGUUGUAUGUGUCGAACUGCUUUGCUUUAUCUUGGCCAGGUCGCAGUUGCAAAUGAGAACUUGUUCUCAACUAGCCUACCUGGUUAAAUAAAAUAAAAAUGUAAACUCAGGAUAUGUUCCGGGUAGCCUCCGAGAACAACAUAGACGAAUUCACUGAUACGUUGACUGAGUUUACAUUUUUAUUUUCAUCAAAACAAUCUUGAAGCGUGGACUCUAAUUGGUCAGCUCAGCAUUGAAUUGUCCUUAGCACGGGGACUUCCUGUUUCAGUUUCUGCCUAUAGGAAGGGAGGAACAAAAUAGAGUUUAUCAGAUUUUCUGAAGGGAGGGCCUUGUAGGGAUCCUGGAAGUUGGAGUAGCAGUGGUUGAGUGUUUUAGCAGCGCGAGUA